GGGCCGCGCAGCCGCCAUGCCGGAGCCGCGCGGCUCUUCGCCCCUUCGGGUAAACGCGGCGUUUGCGGCCCGGUACGGCCGCUACCGGGAGCGCGAGGAGCUGCAGCGGCUUAAAGAUCGCUACGGGGACCGGGACAGCGGCGGCGACUCCAGCUCUGAGUCGGACUCUAGCGACGAGCGCGUGGAGUUUGACCCCCAGCAAGAGCGUGACUUUUAUAGGACUCUCUCCUUGUUGAAGAAGAAGGACCCCCGCAUCUAUCAGAAAGAUGCCACCUUCUAUCAGAAAACAGUAUCAUCCUCGGAGAGCGAGGAAGCUGAAGAAGUGCCAACAGCCAAAGAGAAGCAAAAGAAGAUGCGUCCUAUGUACCUGAAGGACUACGAGAGGAAGGUUAUCUUGGAGAAAGAAGGCAAAUAUGUCGAUGAGGAAAAUUCAGAUGCAGAGACCUCCAAUCAGAGAUUCCAGCAGAUCUCGUCGAAAACUUAUGUAGAAGAACAGAAACAGCUGAAGGAAAGCUUCCGGGCGUUCGUGGAAGACAGCGAGGAUGAGGAUAGUGCUGGGGAAGGUGGCUCUGGGUUGCUGCAGAAACGUGCUAAGACCAAGGAGGAGAAGGCCCAGGAGGAGGCGGACUACGUGGAGUGGCUAAAGGGGCAGAAGGAGAUUCGUAACCCUGACGCCUUGAAAGAACUGACCCACCUCAAGGAAUACUGGAACAACCCAGAGCUGGACGAAGGAGAGCGGUUCCUGCGGGAUUAUAUCCUCAACAAACGCUAUGAGGAGGAGGAGGAGGAAGGCGAGGGAGAAGAGGAGGAAGGGGAGGAGGAAGGGGGCCCUGGCCUCCCGGUCCAGCUAACCGUGGAUGAUUCCUCAGACGAGGGGGAGCUGUUUCUGAAGAAGCAGGAGGACUUUGAGCACAAGUACAACUUCCGUUUCGAAGAGCCGGACUCGGCCUUGGUCAAGACCUACCCUCGAAGCAUCGCAUCCUCCGUGCGCCGCAAGGAUGAGCGCAGGAAGGAGAAGAGAGAGGAGACUCGAGAGCGAAAGAAGAGGGAGAAAGCAAAAAAGCAGGAAGAGCUGAAGCAGCUGAAGAACCUGAAAAGGAAGGAGAUCCUGGCCAAGCUAGAGAGGCUGCGGCAGGUCACCGGCAAUGAGACACUGGGCUUUGAGGAGCGGGACCUCGAGGACGACUUUGACCCUGCCCAGCAUGACCAGCUCAUGCAGAGAUGUUUUGGGGACGAGUACUAUGGCACCACGGAGGAGGAGAAGCCGCAGUUUGAGGAAGAGGCAGGGCUUGAAGAUGACUGGAACUGGGACACGUGGGCUGGGCCUGAGCAGGGUGGAGCUUGGAAUGAACAGGAGCUGCACUGCGAGGACCCCGACUUUAAUAUGGACGCGGACUAUGACCCCAGUCAGCCGCAGAAAAGGCAGCGUGAGGCCCCCUUGACGGGCAAGAAGAAGCGCAAGUCACCGUUUGCCGCGGCCGUGGGGCAGGAGAAGCCAGUGUUCGACCCUGGAGACAAGACGUUCGAGGAGUACCUGGACGAGUAUUACCGGCUGGACUACGAGGACAUCAUCGAUGACCUGCCCUGUCGUUUCAAGUACCGCACCGUAGUUCCCUGCGACUUCGGGCUGAGCACUGAGGAGAUCCUCGCUGCCGAUGACAAGGAGCUGAACCGGUGGUGCUCCCUGAAGAAAACCUGCAUGUACAGGUCAGAGCAGGAGGAGCUGCAGGACAAGAGGGCGUACAGCCAGAAGGCCCAGAACUCCUGGAAAAAGAGGCAGAUCUUCAAGUCACUUUGCACAGAGGAGACUGAGACACUCACGGAAGCCACAGGGAAGCCACAGAAAGACAAAGCCGGCCCGCAGGGGCAGCUGCUGGCACCUGAUGGGGGCUGUGGGCAGCAGCCCCAGCCUGGGAGCCCCCCAGUGCAGGAAGAAGCAAGCCCUGUGCCACACACCCAAAAGCCAGUCCCCCAGGGGCGGAGGAGGGGCAAGAAGGCACGUCUCCUGGGCCCCACUGUGACACUUGGUGGGCAUGAGUUUAGCCGCCAGAGACUGCAGGCCUUUGGUCUCAAUCCCAAACGGCUGCACUUCCGCCAGCUGGCCCGACAAAGGAGGAAGCACCGGGGUCCCAAGAGUCGCCCCUGAGGUAGCAGGUGGGGGCCCUGGGGUUUCUCCCUUCCAGUCAAGCUCCUGACUGUUUCUCCCUCAUGGACUGUGUGGACCCUGUGGGCAGAGAAGGCUUCCUGUCUCACAGAUGUGGCAGCUGAGGCCUACCUACCCAGCUUCCUCCAGCAUCUCACUUUGAGACACACCUCAGACCCCAGCCAUAGCCACAGUCAAGUUAAACGGCUUUAUUAGCCCCUGGUGGCCACAGUUCCCCCCGUCACCCCCAGAUCUCAGCAGGGUAGGGGUUUUGGGACCAGUGAGGGGCACGGGUGGUCCAGUGCAAACUACAGUACUUGAGUCAGGCCCUGAGUGGGUGUCCGGGAACCCUCCCUCCUCGCCCUGUGAGGAGGCCCAGCUGGCGGGAGGCAGGUGUACAGGCUCUGCCCCAGUUCAGAGGUUUCCUGGACUGGUCUCAGCUGCAGUUGUCAAGGGGUUGAUGGGAAAAGGCCCAUCACCUCCAGAUUUCAAGCUCCCACACCCAGCAUGACAUAAAUAAAAAAAUAAAUAGUGCGCAUCUUC